AUGCUUGGAAGCUAUUUUGGCUUGAUCAUUGUCUUAAUUGAUUACCAUGAUCCAUUACUAAAAUAUCAUCUUGAAACAUUAAUUGCUGACUAUGAACAAGAAUGGAUUAUAUCAUCUAUUUAUUUACAAACCAAUACUAAAUUGAACAUUGAAACAAUUACAUAUCAAUCUCGUUAUCAAUUGAAACUAUUAGAAAAAUUAUGUCAACAUUUGAAUUCAACAAAUUAUUUAUUUGCUAUAACACAUUUUCGUUAUCAAUCACCAGUAUUUGUGCAUGGAAUUCUUUCACAAAUGCAUAUUCCACAUAUGGCGGUAUCAAUGACAACAAGUAAUGCAACAAACAGUUAUACAUUACACAUGCAAACAAGUUCUGAACAUUUGAGUAUGGCUAUACGUGAUAUUAUUGAUCAUUUCAAGUGGGGUUACGAUCAUAGCAAAUUACUUUUUGUUUAUGAAAAAUAUCAAAGUCUUGGUCUUUUAUCAGAUAUUUUACGUGUAAAAAAUAAUCGUCAACCAGCAAUCAUAUUAAAAGCAUUAACAAGUCAACAAGGUUUGAUGAAAGAUGCAUUAGAUACAGUCAAAUAUAUUUUAAGAAAAUUAUUAUUUGAUAAUGAAUAUGAAAAAGAACGAUUAAUCCCACAACAAGAAUGUUCUUGGAAAAAAUUGUUUACAGCAAAUAGUUAUACAACAUUUACACAACAUAUUGGAGAAACAUUAUUGGAAAUAAGUAAAACGAUAAAAUUUCUUGGUACAACUGGUAUAGUUGAUUUUGAUCAAGCAGGUUUUCGUCGAUCACUAAAACUUAAAAUACUCGAUUUAAGUGAUCAUGGUAUGACUGAAAUAGGUACAUGGACAAAUACGAAUCGAUUAAGUAUAAAUCAACUUAGUGUUCAACAAAUGUCAGCUAUUCGUAAACAUUUACAAGUUGUUACACGAGAAGAAAAACCUUAUGUUGUACGAAAAGUACAUCGUAAUGGUUCAGUUUAUUUCGAAGGAUAUUGUAUUGAUAUGCUUGAUGAAAUAGCUCGACGACUUCGUUUUAAUUAUUCAAUUCGUAUUGCAACAGAUUCUGCUUAUGGUAAAGAAGAAGAAAAUGGACAAUGGUCAGGAAUUAUUGGUGAACUUAGUCGUCGAACAGCAGAUUUAGGUAUUGGAGCUUUAACAAUAACAUAUCCACGAGAACAAGUUAUUGAUUUUACAAAACCAUUUAUGAGUUUUGGUAUAACAAUUUUAUUUCGUAAACCAUUAAGACCUCGACCUAAUUUAUUUGCUUUUUUGGAACCACUUACUGUUCAAGUAUGGCUUUUUAUGAGUAUUGCUUAUAUUGGUGUUAGUUUAUUUCUUUUUUCUAUGGCACGUUUUUCACCAUAUGAAUGGCAAAGUCCUUAUUCAUGUAAACGUCAUAGUGAAUAUCUUAUUAAUCGAUUUAAUAUUGUAAAUUGUUUUUGGUUUACUAUUGGUUCAUUAAUGAAACAAACUAUUGAUUAUGGUCCUCGUUCUUUAUCAACACGUGUACUUAUUGGCUCUUGGUGGUUUUUUUCAUUGAUUAUGAUUGCUUCAUAUACUGCUAAUCUUGCUGCUUUUCUUACAACUGAACGUCUUAAAUCACCAAUUGAUGAUAUUGAAGCAUUGGCUAAACAAACAGAAAUUAAAUAUGGUCCUUUGAAAGGUGGUAGCACGGAACAAUUUUUUCGAAGUUCAAAAAUUCCUUUAUAUGAACGAAUGUGGUAUUAUAUGUCAUCUCGACCUGAAGUAUUUCCUGAAACAACCGAAGAAGGUAUUGAAUGGGUUAAAAAAAGUAAAUAUGCAUUUUUACUUGAAUCGGCAACUAAUGAAUAUAAUGUUCAACGUCAUUGUGAACUUAUGCAAGUUGGAGGUUUAAUUGAAUCGAAAAGUUAUGGAAUUGGUACAACACAUGGUUCACCAUAUCGUGAUCGUAUAUCUAAUGAAAUUUUACAAUUACAAGAAAAUGGUUUUCUAAAUAAUUUAUAUAUAAAAUGGUGGAAAGAACGUAAUAUACCUGAACGAUGUAAUAAUUCCGAUGUUGAUCAUAAGAAAAAAUCAUUUGCAAAUGAACUUGAUUUAAAAGAUAUUGGUGGUAUUUUUGUUAUGUUAAUAAUGGGUCUUUCAUGUUCAUUUAUCGUUACAUCACUUGAGUUUUAUUUUAAAGCAAAACGACGUCGAUUAUUAGAUGGAAAAUCAACAACUAUUAAAGAACGUCUUAGACGUGAUCUUCAUUUUGCAUUAUGUACAAAUUGUACAUCAAGUCGACCAACAUUUAUAUAUGAAAAAGAAAAUAAUAAUGAUGAUAUAUUUGAAGAUUUAAAUGUAAAAUCAAAUUGUGUUCAAAAUAAUCCUCAAGAAACAAUAUCAUCAAUUGAUCGUGAACGAUUAACAAUUGUACCUCUGAAUCAUUCACCAUGUCAUCGUGUUACAUAA